AUGACCAAGACCAGUGUCCAAGUGAUCCAAUGGAUCGUGGAUACACGCAACCUGUGGCCCGAAGCCACCAAACCAGCACAGCUAGAGACUGUGGCUCCGGAAUACCUGGCCAUCCUCACGCCCGAGGAGAAAAAGGGCGUGCUCAAGUACUUUUUCAUCCGGGAUGCCAAAAUGUCGCUCGCCUCGCAAUUUCUCAAGCACUACGUGCUGAGCAAGACGCUCGGCCUGCCCUGGUCCGCCACCACCAUCACCCGGGACCCGCACGGCAAGCCCAUCUACGUCGCCCCCGACGGCUCCCGGCCCGUCGAGUUCAACGUCUCGCACCAGAACGGCAUCGUCGCCCUGGCGGCCGUGGCGCACUAUGACGGCCCGGGCGCCGUCGACGUGGGCGUCGAUGUCGUCUGCGUCAAUGAGCGCGAGGCCCGCGACCACAAGAUGAUUGAGACCGAGGGCUGGGCCCGCUUUGUCGACAUGCACGCCGACGUGUUUGGCAAGUCCGAGACGGUCGACCUCAAGGCCGUCGGCAGGCUCACUGGCCAGUCCAAGGACGUUCUUAAUGCCCACCUGCGCAAGUUUUACGCCCUGUGGUGCCUGCGCGAGGCCUACGUCAAGAUGACAGGCGAGGCGCUGCUGGCACCCUGGCUGCACCAGCUGGAAUUCCAGAACCUGCGGGCGCCCGAGGCGGGCCACACUGACGCGUCCGGGACCUUGGUCCAGACGGCCGACGAUCCGCCGUCGACCAUUAUCCGGGAGCACGAGGUCUUGUUCAAGGGCGCCAAGGUCGACGACGCCAACAUCUGCCUGCGGUCGCUGGGCCGGGACUACAUGACGGCGACGGCGGUGCGGACGCCGGCGAGCAAGGAGAUUGCCCUCGGUUGGGACCUGGGCCCCUUUGAGACGCUGGAUCUUUCCAUCAUACUGAAGCAUGCGACUUUCUAG